AUGGCCAGCGAAAUCGACCUCUUCACCCAAUACACCCUACACAUGGACCCACAGUCCAAAGCAAUCAGCCACCCAGCAUCCCUCCCCACACCAUCCCAAACAACACUCAUGACAACCGAGCUCAACGAACUAAACACCCUCCACCGCUCCCUCCUCGCCCUCGAAAACCCCCAAAACAUCCCCCCGCCCCCACUCCCCAUCAACCCCAAGCGCAGUGCCCAAAUCACCAAGCUCCGCGACAGCGGCAACGCCGCCUACCGCAAAAACAACUACGACGAGGCCAUCAAGCUGUACACGUAUGCAAUUGACAUGGCGCUCUCGCGGCCGGGCUGGGAGCCUGUCUCGCUUGCGAGGGAGGAGCUCGCGGGUCUGUUUGGGAAUCGUGGACAGGCGCAUAUGGGGAACCAGGAUUGGCCGGAGGGUUUGGUUGAUGCCAAGGCUAGCGUUGACUCGAAGCCUGUAGGCAAUGUUAAGGCUUGGUGGAGGAUUGGAAAGUGUCUUGCUGAGAUGGGAAGGUAUGAGGAGGCGAAGACUUUCUUGGUUAAGGGGCUUGAGCUUGAGGGCGGUGCGACGGAGGGUGCGAAGGAGCUGGGUGGGCUUUUGGUGGAUGUUGCGGCGGCGCUGCAGCGGUCUUCUUGA